CGUGCAUGUACAGAUUGAGCAAUCCCGCAAACUCCAUAUUACCAUCAGCAAUGCCCUCUGAUCCCAAUUCCCCCCGUUCCAAAGCCCUUCGCCUCAUUUCCAAUUCUCGUUUCCACCGAACAUUCACACUCCCAGCCACCCCAGACCACGAUGAACUGACCAUCACCUACGCGGAUGCCGGACACGACCCCGAACACCCAGACGACAGGGACUCAACCACAAUCUUAUUCAUGCCGGGCAUGUUCUCCUCGCGAUAUCAUGGUAUCCCUGUGCAUGUGGUAGCAGAAAAAUUAGACGUGCGCGUUUUGGUUAUUGAUCGACCCGGAAUGGGCAACUCGACUAAUACCCCCCUCGACCAACGAGUCCCCGUCUGGCUGGAGAUUGUGCCCCAUCUCCUAGCCCAUCUGGGCAUCGAGCAUGUCGCACUCAUCUCGCAUAGUGCCGGUACGAUAUACUUGCUAAACACCCUGUAUCACUGUCGGGGGAUUCUACAUCCGGAGCGGCCGUAUGUAGCUUUACUGUGUCCAUGGGUAGAUCCAGCCCAUUCCCACGUAACAACCAUGCAAUUAGCACAACACCUCCCCUCUAAGGCUUUCAACGUCUGGAACCAAAUUCCCCGCUUCUUCCUCCUCAAAGCGAGCCCAAAGCUAGCGUGUAGCGGAGCAGUAAUGACCAAGAUCCAUGACACAGUCACUGGAGGCGAUAUCGCGUCAAAAUCACAGCUGGAAAAGAAUCGUCAACGGAUGGAAGAAGGAUAUGGCGUUCCCAGAGCUGUGCAGGUGGAAGUCGACAACUUUGUAACCCAGUUCCUGUUUAAGGAGGAUACGGAGGGUGCCAAUUCGGAGGCCUUGCAGUGUCUGCGGAAGGGGCGCGAGGGAAUGUGGGGGGAAUGUGAAGACUAUGGGGUGUUUGUAAGGGAGUUUGUUGAGCAAGAGAGACGGGCUAUAGACGCCUCGGAUGCAGGCAGAGAGAGGGGAGAGAAGACUCUAAAGGUACGUCUGUAUUUUGCAGAAAGAGAUGCUAUGAUUGGGAAGAAGGGACAGGAGUACGUGGAGGAAUGCUGGAAGGUGGAGGAUGGGGAGUUCCAGGACGUCCUGGAUGUGAGAAGCUGCACUGUUUCUGGAGUGGAACAUGAUAGUUUGCCGAUGUCUGUGGAGGUUUGGGAGAAGAUUUUCCUCGAAGCUCGCGGGGAUGAUAUACAAGAGACUCCAGUAAGGGCAUGAUGGAUGUUAUGACCAACGAGGAGUGAAGUGCCGGAAGAGAAUUUGUUUAUAUGGACAGUAUAUAUAUCAUAGAUAUACACAGAAGCAACAUUAUUUUAAGAGGAAGCAC